AAGUGCGUCUAUUUCUCCAACUCUAUUGAUGACGAGCUCUACGAAAGCUUGAUACCAACACUCUCAUUAGAUGUUUGCCAUUUGUCUUUGCACAAUAGUCAAAGAUACAAAGAUGAUUUUCGUACAUUAUACACUAUUGUUGGGCAGGCUGGGUCCAAGGGACUUGUUCCCCUGGGUAUGAUGCUUUCAAAGAAUGCAGAAUGUGGAUUAGAAUGGUUUACCUUCCUAUACACAUUCUUCAAGAAGAACGGUGGAUCGCAUUGGAAGAAGUUACGGGAAUCUCUGCAAUUGCAUGAUGAUAGUAUCACUGAGGAGAGCAUUCCCCCAUUACAAAUCAUAUCGGAGCAGGAUAAGGGUAUCAAGAAGGCCUUGGAUAUGUUGAGAACCCGGUGUGGUGUUCCGAUUGAAAGCUUCGCAUGUUCCAAACACGUCCAAAGAAACCUCUCUAAGUACACAAUUGCAAAGCAUAGAAGGGUUAUGCAACAUAACUUUUUCCAGUUGAUAUUUGAAUCUGAUCCCGAAAAGAUCCCACCAAUCCAAGAAACAAUGAGGGGGGGUUUCUUUGAGAGGCAUAAGAGAGAGACAGUCAACAGUACUUAUAAUCUCAUUACCAACAUGUACGAGUGUGCUAGAGGUCUUCAACUUUACAAUUUGGUGACACCAAGGUUUGACAUUAUGACAUCCAAUCAUUGUGAGAUUUUGAAUGCAGAGAUAUACGCAUUUAGGCGAUUGAACCCAAUUAAUCUCAUUGUCAAAGUGCUGUCGAUUCAGUGCGACAAGGUGAAAUUCGCAGAGUCCAUGACCUUUGAUUGGAAUACAGUGAGACAGAUGCCUCAAUAUGAUGAUGAAAUGAAUGGUGCCAGUGAUUUCGAUGACGGGAACGAUUCGGAUGAUGCAAGUGACUUUGUUGAUGAAGAGGAUGAGCCAGAGUAUACCGAGACACUCACAAACUAUGGCUAUUUCUUGUACUCAACAACCAUUAUCACUGCUUCUUGUCUAAAUAGCAAAGAGACUAGUGUGACUGUUGAUGAGAGUUCACCUGAAACACAAAUGACGACUCACAAGCAUAGUGUAUCUUGGGACUGUGAUUUGUCUCUUAGGGACCUUUUAGCUGUGUUGCGAGUUUAUGCGAAGAAGAUGAGAAAAUGCGAUUCGUUUAUCAACUUUCGUGCUUAUGUUUAUCUUCAAUUGCGAGCCAGAACAGCCGUUGUUACUGAGAAGCGAUGCACCAUCUCACAAGAGGGGAAAACGGAAGAAAAGUCUACAUACAACUGUUCCCAUCGUCGCAAUCAAGCGUAUACAUUCUUCGAAUGUCCACAUAUCACUUGUGUGAAGAUGAGAAGGGUUCUCAACGGCCACGCCCUUAUCCCAUCAAUGCCCCAAUUUGCCAAACAUAUCAUCUAUGAAGACAGUAGAAAGAGGCAUUCCAAUUUCACACCACCAAUGUUCGAAUACCCGAGUUGUUUCUCAAAGGCCAAUAGAUGUAUCAUACGGAAGAAGACGUCUCAAACUUCCAGAUCAGCGGUGAGGCAAUUCGACUCGCAGAUUCUACUGAAGGCGAUUCAAGCGUUAAAAGAUGAUAACAAAACCAUGAAUAACACCAGAGGGAACACUAGGAAGAGGCAAAGGAUAGCAUGCUCUUCCGAUAGGAUUUCUUCCCCAGUUGAGAAGAAGAAGAGAGGAAGAGGACGACCAAGAAAGUCAGAACAGAAGAGAAACUACAAGGCUAGAAAGCUCACGGAAGAAGCAAAGGCAGAUCCAAUGAACCCGCAUCCAACGUAAAAUGGCUGUCGUACAGACUCCUCAUAGUUUACCAUAAUGAUCAAUGUAUUUCUGAUAGCUUCUAAGUUGUACUUAACCAACCACAUUUUACCAGACCAGUGCCGUUCCCUCCUAUAUCCAUAUAUACUCUAUCCAUAGAAGCCUAAACAGAUUACGUAAUCGUUUGUUGAACUGGAAUUCCG